UACAAGUGCCCGACACUUGUAAUGUGAUGCGUCACGUGCUUUUCUGCCUUCUUUGUUUGGAACGGAUCGGCGUAUUAGUUUUUUGCGAGGUGCUUAGACGAAAGUCGUCGACAGCUACUGACACCGACCUCGCGCACAAGUUUGUAGCUGAAUCGCCCUUCGAACGGGGUCAGGAGCAGUCAGGAGCGAAAAUUAAGGAAGAAGCUUUGCGAACUGACGAGCCGCACAGUUGUCACGAUUGUUGAGGAGGAUCGACCUCGGUUUUCGACUUUCGCGUCUUUCACGGAAUAAGAUGUCUACUCCGAGCGAUUCCGUUUCCGAGACGAGCAUGGCGGGCCCGCAGAACGAGCAGGCGAUCCCAAGGUUGAUACGACUCCUGGAGACGCGUAUUCCAAGGAGGGGUCUACUGGAGGAGGACCUGCGCGAGAAACAGGACCAUUUCAGAAACGUAUUAGUGGAAAUGGAACGUGAAAACGCAUUCUUAAGAUACGACAACGUCGAGCAGAACAAACUAAUCUCGAUGUUGGAGGGUCGUGUCUGCAAGUUACAGAAUAAUAUCGAUGGCUUGCUGUACAAAUUGAACGAUGCCAGCGACGUCAUGAGAAAUCUACAGCAAGAGUUGAGGGACAAGGACAGGCAACUCGAGCAAUACAGGUUGGAGAAGCGAAAACUAGUGCAAAGAUAUAACGUUAAAAUACAAACGGAGACCGACAGAAUCACUCGGGAGAUGCAGACGAAAUUGCAGGAACAACGUGAGCAGUUGACGAGCUACAUCAAAAGGAAAGAGAACAAAAUGAGAUUGGUGAAGCAAAUAUUGACGGCACGUGAAGAUACGUCCGAUAAUGUCGCCCUGUCGUCGCCGAUAGCCUCAAGUUCGAGAAUAGAGACCGCGGAAAAAACCAACUUGACGAUGUUAAAGGAGGAACCCUCCGUGGAGACGUCCAUCAAUCUUGAAGCUUCCAGAUGGCCUCGUGGGCAAAUUCGCCAAGCUUUGCCUUGUCACGCAACAACCGUUUCCAAUAACACCUACGAAGAAAUCGCAGAGACACGAAACUCGUCAUUAGCCAGAGAGAAACUUUCCACGGUGUUAAUUGAUUCUCCGACUUCCGGCCCUCGUGGCCAAACCUGCCAGACGUCCUCUCGCGCGAAAACCAAUUCUGACAAUGUCCUGAGAAAAGCCGCGAAGGAACCAAUCCUGAUGGCGGAGUCUUCCGUACCGUCGGACUCGAAAACCGAGGCGGAGGAAUCGAAACCGAUAGCGCUCGUUGAUUCUCCAUCAUCUAUGACCGCGUCGGCCGAUACAUUUGUUGCCAAAACCAAAUUUAAUACGAAGAUUCCAGUGGUAAAUCCCAGGUACCAGCGAGCGCAAAAUGUAGAUAGAUGGAUAGAUCACCGUCCUUUCGGGAUAGUUCCGACCGGUACGAUUUUACAACCGCGAACGCAGCCUCACAAGCGAACCAUCCGGAAGUUAACGAACCCGAAGCAUUUUGUGGCGAGAUCUUCCAGGUACAGCCUUCUCUCGCAGGAACAGGACACGGAUGGCGAACUCGAGACCAAGCUGUACAAGGCCGAGGUGUUGCCAACUUGCGGAGGUGGGGCGCAGAUAGUUUUUAACGACAUAGAAUGCUUAAAACAGGUAUCUCCAACCGCUGUAAAAAACGUAACGGGCAGAUGAAAUAAUCCGGCAAAUACACAGGUCUCGUGUAAAUUACCAGACGUCUUUCGUCCUAAGACGAAAACAGUUUGCGAGACAGUUGCAGAGUUUUGUUAUUUUUUUUUCUUAUUUAUUUCUUGUUAUUUAUUUAUAACAGAUAUAUUUGAGAGUGCCAUUUUUUUUAGUUUCUUGUUUUUCAUAUGGAUACCUUGAAAUUCGCGCGGAAUUGACAUUUUGUAGAGGGCUAAGUGUCGGAAAAUAAUAACAACUUAUCCUUGCCUUGCCUUCAAAUUGUGAAGCAACAUUCGACGCAUUAAAUUCCAAAGUAUCCAUACAUUGUAAUGUAUAAGCUGGAAGACGGACUCUGUACACGUCGAGAUGAUGAGCUGAACUAGAAAGAAGAAAAAAGACUGCAACGUUAUCUUACACAUGUAAUAAAGCUGCACAAACGACUUUACGUA